ACUUUUCAUACUGACGCACAAAACGCCCACUUUGAGCGUCACCUGAAACAUUCGCAGGUAAGAAAAGAAAAAAAAGAGAGGAAGAAACAUUCGCAGGUCAACGAUCUUCCCGGACGCUGGCACGCACAUUGCUCAAGUCAAAUUGAACGGGACGGCAACAGUGAAGAAUAAAGAGAAAAUUGUCAUCCUUUUGGAUUGCCAUCAGCAUCGUCGUCAUCAUUCGACCUAUUCAGCGAUGCCGUCCGUUGCUGCUGGCGUCCAUGAGAACGAGAGGGAGUCCCACGCUGCCUGGGCCGAUCAGCAACAUAUUGCAAUGGAAACGGAUGACGUGGAGUGUCUCCGGAGGAACAUCAAAUUUUACUUCAUGAACCCUUGCGAAAAGUACCGUGCCCGUGGACGGAAACCGUGGAAACUCGUUUUGCAGAUCAUCAAAAUUGCCAUCAUCACCAUCCAGUUGGUGUCGUUUGGGCUGAGCAACCAGAUGGUUGUCACCUUUAAGGAAGAAAACCUGAUGACAUUUCAGCAUCUCUUCCUAAAAGAUUAUGUGGAUGGGGGUAUUGCAACGUAUGCCAUUUACAGACAAGAAGACGUUUAUGAUCACAUCAGAUACGUUGUUCAACAGUACGCAAAUCUGCACAACACCACCGUAGGAAACCACGAGUAUGAGAAAAACGGCAUUGUCUACACACCCUUGACGCUGUGUCAGGAGUUUUAUCGCAACGGCACCAUCUACCCGGGCAAUGACACUUUUGAAAUUGACGCUCACGUGGAAACCGAUUGUAUCGACGUCCACCCAACGAACGAGUCGUCAUCACGAGACGUGCUGGCGCAUUUGGAGUUGCACUUCAAAAGAAUGCUGGCCAUCAAGAUCUCGUUUGUUCUCAAAGCCAUCAAUUUACAGACAGUCAGACACAGAGAGCUGCCAGACUGCUACGACUUCAACAUCCUUAUCACUUUGGACAACGGAGCGCACAGUGGCAGGAUGAAGGUGGACCUGGAAACCCACGUGGAGAUCAACGAAUGCAGAGACUGGAGAGUCACCGGAGCUUCCCCGAGAAGCAUCUACCUGACCCUGGUGUUUGACUGCCUGAUUAUCCUAACAUGCAUGGUUUCCUUCACGCUCUGCCUUCGCUCAGUGUUGACUGGGAUACAAUUGCAAUUUGAGUACAAAAAGUUCUGCGAGAGCCAGAGUGGUCAAGACGUGCCCUGGGGGGACAGGCUGGAGUUUAUCAACGGCUGGUACAUCCUGAUCAUCGCCAGCGACCUGUUAACCAUCGUCGGCUCCGUCCUCAAGAUUGAUAUUUACACCAAGGUCUUGACGAGCUAUGACGUGUGCAGUAUCUUCCUCGGAAUAGGCACCAUGUUUGUUUGGAUUGGGGUCAUCCGCUACAUGGGCUACUUUCACAAGUACAAUGUAGGCAAAGUCCCAUUUGAAGAUUGCCUUUCUGUCAAUGCAAUUAAAGCGACACAUCUGAUCGACGACGGUGUGAUCUGGAGCAGAACGGCCCGAUCAAGUGUUUUGUACCCCCUUUGCUCACAGAUCCUCCUCCUAACUCUGAGGGCAGCAUUUCCAAACGUUAUCCGUUUCAUCUGCUGCGCUGGAAUCAUCUACCUCAGCUACUGCUUUUGCGGCUGGAUCGUCCUGGGCCCGUAUCACGAAAAGUUCCGGACCUUGAAUACAGUCUCCGAGUGUCUGUUUUCCCUCAUCAAUGGAGAUGACAUGUUCCCCACCUUCAAAGAAAUGAAACAGAAGAGCAGCCUGAUUUGGAUUUUCAGCAGAGUCUACCUCUAUACCUUUGUCUCACUUUUCAUCUACAUGAUCCUCAGUCUAUUCAUCACCAUCAUCACAGACACCUAUGACACCAUCAAGCAGCAGCAGCUGAGUGGAAUCCCGACGUCGCGACUCCAGCGAUUCCUAGCCGAGUGUAAAGAUCUCCCAAACUCUGGAGUUUACAGGCUCGACAAGAAGAAUUGUUUUCAACGCUGCGUGAGCAAGUGCAGAGCGCAUCAUGAGAGGUUGACGUCUGAAGAAUAGCCAAUUCUUUCACCUUGUUGAAGCCUGAGAAAAUAAAGUGGCACUUUUUUGUCUUUGUAAAUCACAAAAUACAUGGGAGAGAUCAACCGUUUACAAGGUCAAAUCAUUUGUCAAGUUGGCUUAAGAAUGAAAGUUCACAAGAAAAUGAGAGAUGCUUAUAGCAAAGAUGAUGUCUAGAAUCAUUUCUUGUAAUGUGGAAAGGAGGAUGGAAGCGGUUUAUGACAUGUCACUUUAUAAAGGAAUCAUAUAUGAAUAGAUCAGAAUAAAAGGAGUUGAUUUUU